UUACACACACACCCUUCACUCAAAAUUCAAAAUUAUCAUGGCGACUCCUACACCAGCCUUGGAGUCCCCAUCUGGGGAGGGGACCACAAGUCUCCCGAGGUCGGACUGCUCUUCUGCACAGCUGUAAAAAUGGUGAGUCGAGGAGAGAGUGAGACCCACCGGCUCCGGCAGCAGAUGGAGGAGCAGCUUGACCGGCUGAUGACACAACUAGCAGAUCUUGAAGAAUGCAAGGCAGAGUUAGACCCAGAGGAGUAUGAAGAUGCCCGCAAGGACACUCUUGAGCAGCUAAAUGAGUUUCAGUCAUCACUCUCCCGCAUGACGAGUGGAGAUAUGACCCUGGUUGACUCAUUUAAUGCUAUGCAGUUGGUGAGUUCUGAUGUACAGUAUCCAGCAAAAAUUUGCUCCAGUGUAGCAGAGCAGACAUUAUCAGCCAUUCAAGCAGCCAUAUCCCAAGCCUUCAAGACACCAGAGGUCAUUCAGAUGUUUGCAAAGAAGCAACCAGAUCAGUUAAGGGAAAAGCUCUCACAAAUUGAAAGAGACCAGAAGAUUGGCAAGCUAUCCUUGGAUGUAUAUGAACAGCAGAAGGUUGAAGUGCUCAGUGCUCUACAGAAACUUGGAGAAACUUUAUCCCCUACAGAAAUGCAGUUUCUUGAAGCACAUGCAUCAACAGUCAUGAAAAAUUUUGAUGUGGUAACAGAUGAAAAAGGUUCUGACUAUAAGGUUCUAGAGAUGGCCCGGCAAGGACUUCGGUAAUUGUCUGCAUCUAGCAACUAAUCACACCCAUGAUGCCUUCACUUUGAGAGAGCUCACAUCUCAAGAAGUGCCAAUUUGUAGAACAUGAAUGUGAUUUGAAGAAAUUAUUUAUGGCCCUUAAUUUUAUCUACAUAAGAUUUCCCCCUAAAUCAAAUGUGGUAUUUUUUUUUUUUUGACUAAAAUAUUGAUGUUAUUACUAAAUAUAGGAUUAAAUUAU